AACAUAACUAGAUAAACAAACAACAUGAAGCUCGAGAGCAUUAUUCCUAUGCUCGGCAACUUUGGCCGAUACCAGUUGUUUGUUUUUACCUACACUGCCUUGCGCAUGAUCUUCAGUUGCUUCACAACUCUGGGCAAUGUGUUCUAUGCCGCGGAGACCGACCAUUGGUGCAACGUUUUGCCCAGCGCGAAUUGUUCCAACUGGGCGGAGUUUCAAGACAACUGCACUGACGUGAAGAAGUCCAUCUUCCUGCCUCCUCCUGAAAAUGGUUCGAGCAGCAACUAUCCUUACUCCAAUUGUAAGCAGUGGGAGCUACCAGAUGGGUACGUGUUUGAUCCGCACGUACCGCUCAGUGACUACGACGGUUUCACUAAUGUGAGUGUGCCCUGCAAAGACGGAUGGGAGUACGAUACAUCGCAGUACAAAACAACAACCAUCAUGAAUUUUGGUCUGGUGUGUGAUGACGCUUACCUGCCCAGCCUGGCGCAGUCCCUCUACUUCGCCGGUUACUUGGUAGGAUCGUUCAUCGGAGGUUCCUUUUCAGAUUGGUUUGGUCGCAAGAAGGUCGUUGUAUGUUUCGAGCUGUUGUGGUUCGCAACAUUUAUUGCAACCACGUUCUCAGUUAACAUCUACAUGUACAUGGCCUUCCGCUUCAUGUCGGCCGUGGGCAGUAUUGGAAGCUACAUGGGACUUUACGUGUUAACUCUUGAAGUCGUUGGGAAGUCUUAUCGCACGGCAGUCACCAUGGCCUUAGGGAUAUUUUACGCCAUAGGCUAUUUCUUCAUUGCGACGGCGGCCAUGUAUCUUCGACAGUGGCGCUCUCUGUCGAUGGCCCUCUCCAUAUCGUCAGUGGUUCUUUUGAUACCGCUGUUCUUCAUCCACGAGUCCAUCAGAUGGUUGGUAUCCAAGGGCAGGAUUGAUGAGGCUGAGAAAGUCAUCAGGAAAAUUGCCAAGAUGAACAAGAAGACUUUGCCUGAUGUCUUAUUCGAUAAAGAGGACAUACAGGCAGAGACGGAAUCAAAGGAAUCAGUAAUACCACCAUCUGUCAUUGAUCUGUACAAGACCCCCAACAUGGCGGUCAAGACACUCAACAUGCAGUGGAACUGGUUUGUCAAUAGUCUGGUGUACUACGGCCUGUCGCAGAGCACCAACGAUCUAGGAGUCGACGACUACUGGGCUUUCUUCGUGUCGGGAGCCGUGGAAAUCCCGGCCCUGCUGUACGCCACUUUUGGACUGGAGUGCUUCGGCCGGAAACUGAACUUGGGAAUAUUGGAGUUGAUUGGCGGCGUGGCAUGCUUGGCUACUAUCUUUAUUCCCAAAGGGAUCUGGAGGAUUGUUGUGGCUAUGAUCGGCAAGUUCUGCAUCUCGGCCACGUUUUCCAUCGUUUACGUCUACACUGUGGAGCUAUUCCCAACCCCAGUGAGGGCGGUUGGCUUGGGCGUGAGUUCGGUCGCCUCUCGUGUGGGUGGCAUUCUGUCACCCAUCAUUCUGCUCUUAGAUAAAACCGUGGCUAACCUGCCGAUGUGGCUGUUCGGCUCCAGCGCAAUCUUGGCGGGAACUCUGGCGUUCUUUCUGCCAGAGACAAGAGGCAAAAAACUGCCGCAAACGCUGGAGGAAGGAGAAGCAUUUGGAAAAUGUCGUUGUAUGGGUGGACAAGCUUUCAACGACGAGUCCAGUGUGGAACUUGAUGGCAUGGACACAGCAAAAGAGGGCGUCUUUGCGAUAUCCAACGCUGCCUUCGAUCACACGGAGGAGGAGAAGGAAUAUCGCGACUUCUCGCAGCAAUUCACGCGUAAACUUCAAGAGUCAUCCCACAUGUGAAAGCACAACAUGCUUCGUUAAAGACCAACUGCUUAUUGUGGUUGUAGACUUUAUUCCCGACUCGGCCAUAUUAAAUUGAAAGCGAUGUAAACUGUUCAUUUUUGGAACUUGCAAGUUGAAAUGAAAGUAAUGCAAUCAAAGUUCAUCACCAAUCGAUACCAGUCUGUUCUGAUGAAUAAUGUCAAAUUUGUGAUUAAACAUGCCAUAAUGUUUUAAGCCAAAAUAGUCUGGCACCAUCCCAUUCAACGGAUUAUAAUUUAUAAAAUACAUUCCAUUGGCUUCCUCGUGAAUAAGUUGUAUGUACUCAAGAAUCUAAUUCUAAAGACAUGCUUUUAUCUAUAUAUACUAUAUCUACUAAACUGGUGGAUAUAAACUGAAAAGAAAAUAUAAGCUAUGUCAAUUUGAUCACUGCCAUGUAAUUAUCAUGUAAUUUAUGAGGGAAAUCAUACAAUGUUUUCAUUCAGUGUUUUUUUAUGAGGAAACACACUUUCGGGUUUUUUUUUAAAGAAAAAUCUUCGUUAUAAAGUCGGCCGGUUGUGAAUUAUGGAUCAUUGAUAUCUGUGUAUCCUUUUUAUUAUAAAGUUCAUUAUAAAGCUUUCUGUAAUGGAGUAUGCUCACAUUUUAGACAAAUAUAUUGGUAUAAAAUGACUAAAUACGUAUAAUAUAGUGUUAUGAUAUAAGUGUAUAUAUUAAUUAACAGCAUAGUACAAGAAAGUAUUGAUAUAUUCAAACACAAUAUUUAAUGAAGUAAGUGUAUAUUUUAGUUGGUUAUUCCCCGUUUUUAAUGAUUGUAGGUGUCGUUGAUUGUACUUAUUUUUCUUCGGUCUCUGAUGACACAGCACUAAAAUUUUAUUGAGAAACAUCAUUAUGUACAAAAUAUGACCAUAUCUUAACUGAAAGGACUUCUUUAUUACUUGCUCCGAAUAAUGAGUAGCGGUCAUGGCCUGUCCAGUCUGUAUGCUUGCCAUGACAAGCAAACUGACUAAAGUUGUGAUGUUUUCAAUUUCCUUAAGCUAUAAUUAAAAUAAAUAGGGCGCCCUCACAGACUUUGCCUUUGAUUCCAUACUGUUAACAAAAAUAAGUAUCGGAAACCCUUUACAUCUAAAAACGACGAUGAUACGUUGAUAAGAGAAACAUCUAGAUCAGUCUUUUUUUUUUAAAGCACUAUUUUUAGGGCAAUCGUGAUUAUCCUUGUUUACUUUUACCACUUCAAAUGUAUGCUUAUCAGACUAUAACAUCAAAGGUGGACUGACUGUUGAUGGAGACAACAUGAAACUAUGUGACAUAAUCAUGGCAAAUGAGAACUAAUAAUCAGUCUUUAAUGCAAUUAAUAGCUUAAAGAUAUACCAGCGGCCCGAAGUCUUGUCUGUCCUGUCGCAUGCCAUUUGUAGUUGUUUUAGCAAAAAUAUCAGCACAAGGGUUUUCUCUGUAAUACAUCCAUUAUAAUCUGAUCAUUAAUAGAAGGCUGUUCACAUCCACGCUCCCAAAAGAAGAAUAGAAACUCAUAUCCCGCCGUUCAUAGCGUUCAUAAACUAAAAUUUGAAGAGAAAAACCCAGUUCAUUCUGAGCUGUUAUAUUGUGAUUUUGCUUUUUAAGAUACAGUUGAAGUGUGCUUCGCGAUGUCAUAUAGGCAGACUUAUCUGAACAAGGCACUGUCUACUUUCUAGAUAUCUCGAAAAUAAUGUUUCGUCAAUUGUAAUUCUCAAGUUCAUUUUUUGUUUAUAUUUCCCACAAAAUACAUUGAGUAUAUAAGCCUGGAUUGGCAAAGUAUUACAGUGUUCAAGAACCGUUGUCAAAAACUAUAAACCCAAAGUUAAACGCCAUGCUUUAUCGUGUGAGGGUUCUAUAAUAUGUCGGAGUGCCGUUUCAAAGUUGACACCAAAGAUGACGAAAUGGAGUUUGUUGUGUGUUAAACUGAAAUGGUAUUUAAACCUCGAAGUUGGUGGCCCGCGAUUGUUUGAAAUUUGGAAAUGGAUUUACUCUAGUACUUUCAGAUAAACGUAAACUAUUCACAUAUAAAAACUCACCUCAGAACACUCUCAUAACCAUGAUAACUGGCAUUUAUCAUAACAUUUAUUUUAAAACCUGCUGCUUCCAAUGUUAAAAUAACAUGCUUUAUAUAUCAAGAGUAUAUAACAUAGUCUUGCCCUACCUUCUACUUGGUUACCCCGGAUACUUAUGGGAUUGAUUAUUCUGACAUCUUUUCAGGAAACGACAUGGUUUUAUAUUAACUGAAAUAUCACGUAGCUUAAUGUGAUCCGGCGUGGACAAGGUAAACAAAAAUGGUG